AUGCCCCAGGGUGCCGCGGAGGCUGACAGCCCCGGAUGGGGCUGGGAUGGGGACGGGGACGGGGACGAAGACUGGGGUGGCGCUGUGCGGGCCCUGCUGGGGCUGGCUGUGGUGGCCGCCACGGUGCUGGCCUGGCGCUGGCUUGGCGCUGGGCAGGACCAGGAGGCGGCAGGGCCGGCAGCCACAGCCCCUCGGCCAUCUCAGGGGGGAGGAGCCGGGCCAGCCCUGUCCCUGAAGUCCAAGGUCAGCGGUGGCGUCGAGGGACACAGCUGCGGGCAGGGGAAGCCAGACCCUCCAGGAUGUGGCCAGGGGAGUCCAGCGGCAGCGGAGGCCCAGGCCCAGGAGCCCCCGGGAGGUGGCGGUCUGGCCAUAGCCAUACCUCCACGCGAGACACCUGGUGAGGUGGCCAGCGGAGGGUCCUUGGGACGGCAGCAUGGUAAUGCCACUCCAGAAGCCCCCCGAGGAAAAGGAAGGGAGACUCGCAGGCCAGGCGCUGCCCUCCUGGGUAGGAGCAAAGCAAAGGGGAUGUCUGCGCCCGUCCUGAUACACUUCAGCCCCUGGAGUCCUGGAAGAGACGUGGAGCUGCAGGUGGAGGCAGGGGGCGUCCGAGCCAAGGCACCAGCUCACAAGGCCACAGCCCACACGGUGGAACGAGACACCAGCCCCUGGCAGCAAGGUGUGGGGUCACCUGGCUCACUGGGGAGGGGCCCAGGCAGCAAGGGGUUGCAGGUGGACCGCAGGUCAGGAGCGAGACCCCGCCGUUCGCUGAAGCGGGCCCCCCUUUCCCGGGGCGCUGCGGUGAGUGUGUGGGAUGCUGUGGGUGCAGCCAGCAGCCUCCCCGCGGGCUCCCAGGGGCUCCCUUUCCCCCAGGAGCUGCCCCCAUCACACACCCUGAAUACGAGGCCCCCGACAGAUGUCUUAGAGAAGGGGCAGGGGAAGAGCAGUCCCCAACCAGUCCCAGUCCUAGCUCUGGACUCAGAAGCCAAAGCUGAUGAGAGCAGGGAGGCUGGGACCCUGGCCCCCAGGGAGUCUCAGGGGUCUCCAGCCUCCAUGGAAGGCUGGCCCUGGGGCAGUCAGGAGGGGCAAUUCUCAACGAGCUGGGGAAACCUUAUUUCGAUGGUUCUUAGGAGUCACCCUUUCCCCAGGCCAGACAGGCCCCAAGGAAUAGUCCCAAGGGCAGCUCUGGAGAGCCCCAGAGAGCCCAGAAUUUCCACACCCUCCGAGAACAGAGAGUCUGCUUCUCCCCCUGAAGAGGCCGUCCCCAUCCGUGAGGACAGGCAUGGCUCAGCUGGACUGGUCACAGGGGACCUGGCUGAGGCUGGAGCUCGGCCACAGCCGAGUAGCAUCGAGACCAGCGAGGCUCCCACUGCAGGUCCUCCCUUAGGCCCAAGAGGGGAGAGCAUCGAGGAGAAACAUCCAGACUCGCUGCCCAGAGCUGCAGAGCCCAGGGUCCCCUCACGGCCACCGGAGCAGACCCAGCCUGGUCCUGCACCCUCCCCGGUUACAAGGCGGGACUCACAGCCUGUCCCCCGGCCACGGAAACGCAGCUUGUGUGAAAUAUCCCAGAGCUCUGAGCAUGAGGCCAGCCCGGCAGCCCCAGGGCAGCGCCGAGGACAGGUGCCCCGGGAGGGGCCCGGCCCCGCAGGGAGUGGGCAGGUCCUCACUGAGAAGCAGAAGGAGGCCCGAAAACUCAUGGUGUUUCUGCAGAGGCCUGGGGGCUGGGGGGUGGUGGAGGGGCCCCAGACGCCCAGGGCCUCGGCAGUGGCUCUGCCGCGAUGGCUGGAUCUGGGCAGCUGUCUGCAGGCACUGGCCUUUGCCCAGCAGCAUGGGGACCCCGGCCUGGCCCAGGAGACCUAUUCCUGGAUGAGCGAGAAUCUGCUACACGUGCUUGGAGACCCAAGCCUCUACCGGCAGCUGAGUGGGGCUGAGCGGGAGCGUAUUCUGAGCCUUCGGACCGGCCGGGGCCAGGCGGCGCUGGGGGUCCUCGUGCUGCCCAGCCUCUACCGGGUGAGCCGCUCGGGGCUCACAAGGGACCCUCGAGGGGAGGAGGCUCCCGCGGUGGGGCCCGCCCCCCCGCCCCCCCGCACGUACCUGCACGUGUUCCACCCCGGAGAGAACACGUGGCGGCCCCUGACCCAGGUGCCCCCGGAGGCCCCGCUCCGGGGCUGUGGCCUCUGCACCCUGCACAACUACCUGUUCCUGGCGGGGGGCCUCCGAGGAUCCGGUGCUGAGGCCGUCUGCUCCAACGAGGUCUUCUGCUACAACCCUCUGACCGACAUCUGGAGCCGGGUGCGGCCCAUGCAGCAGGCGCGGGCCCAGCUCAAACUGGUGGCACUGGACGGGCUGCUCUACGCCAUCGGGGGCGAGUGUCUGUACAGCAUGGAGCGCUACGACCCGCGCACGGAUGCCUGGACCUCCUGCGCGCCCCUCCCCGCAGGCACCUUCCCUGUGGCUCACGAAGCUGUGGCCUGCCAGGGGGACAUCUAUGUCACCGGGGGCCAUCUGUUCUACCGCCUGCUCAGGUACAGCCCCGCGAAGGACACGUGGGACGAGUGCCCCUACAGUGCCAGCCACCGGCGGUCCAGCGACAUGGUGGCUCUGGGGGGCUUCCUGUACCGCUUUGACCUGCUGCACGGUGUGGGUGCUGCGGUGAUGCGCUACAACACCGUGACGAGCUCCUGGAGCCGGGCCGCCUCCCUGCCCCUGCCCGACCCCGCCCCACUCCGCUGUGCGGUGGUGGGCAACACCAUUUACUGCCUCAACCACCAGGUCACAGCCACCCUCACAGUCUCUGAGGGAACCGCCCAGUUCCAGGCCAAGGAGCUGCAGCCUUUUCCCCUGGGGAUCAAAGGGGUCCUGUGCCCGUUCAUCCUGACUCUGCCCCCAGGGGACCCACUGCAGACUGCCCUCUGA